GGGUGAUGAUUUCGCCAUCCUAGGGAAAAAGGACAUCGUACACCGGAAUCUAAUAGGAAACGGGUGAGAAGCAGUAAGAUCAGCUCUCUGUUAAACAUGGGUCUCCACUUUGGAAACUUGGCCAAGGUCAGGCAUGUAAUCACCUACAGUUUAUCCCCCUUUGAGCAGAGGGCUUUCCCCAACUACUUCUCCAAGGGAAUCCCCAACGUGUGGAGAAGGUUCACCGCUUCUUUCUUCAAAAUCGCCCCCCCAAUGACUCUCAUGUACUUGACAUACAGCUGGGGCAACAACACCUACAUGCAGGGCAAGAGGAAGAAUCCUUCUGACUACCAGAAUGACGAAUAAACUCCUGAACUCCUGCCAGCUUUCUGACAGCCUCUCUCUGUUAAUUUCAAAUCUGUACGUUUCACCAAUAAAGAUGAAAAAUAUAUAUAUGUAA